AUGAAGUCCAGUGGCAAGAAGCCCAAGGCCGCCGCCGCCGCCGCCGCCGCGCUGGUUGCUCCGCGAUCAGACUGUCCUCCCGACGUCGAAGAACUCGGCCGCUCCACCUGGACGCUCCUGCACAGCAUGGCUGCCACGUACCCUGAAGUCGCACCGCCCGAGACACAAUCCAUCAUGAAACAGUUCAUCUCCGCGUUCUCCAGGCUCUACCCGUGUUAUGUCUGCGCGGAGGAUUUUCAAGACUGGUUGAUCCAGCCUGGGAACGAGCCCAAGGUCAAAGGCCAGGAUGAACUGGGCAUGUGGGCAUGUCGAGCGCACAAUGCAGUCAAUGUCAAGCUGGGAAAGCCCGAGUUUGAUUGCAGUCUCUGGAAGGAGAGAUGGAAAGAUGGCUGGAAGGACGGGCGAUGUGAUUGA